AUGGUGAACGUCGUCGAUUUUUGUGGCCAGACAAUUCGUGGUGACGGCAUGAUGGUCAACUCACACCAGGAGUCCAAGAAAUACUACUUUGUGACCAUGGCAACCGACUGCCACCUCACCAUGCAGGCUAGUUCUCCAAAGGACAAGGUCCAGUUCCACUUCCGAUUCUUUCUGGUCUACAGCCUGCUGAGGGUGGUUCCUCUCAGCCCUGCCCCGCUCCUUCCAGAGUCCCCUCGUGGCUCCGCCCCUCUCAACCCCAGAUUGGAGCCUACAUCUGGUGAAAGCGGAGGGGAUCCAUGUCAUGCUGGUUCGUACAUUCAGUUCUAUGAUGGUCCGGACAGGAACUCACCUCCCCUCGGACCUCCUCUUUGUGGGAAGAGCCCACCUCGGCCAGUGCUGUCCACAGGAAACUACCUGACACUUAGGCUGGUGACCCGUGGAACUCAACCCAGGGUCGACUUCAUUGGGGAUUUUACCUCCUUCAGACUAGGGUUCAACCAAUCAGAAUGCAGCAGUGAACCUUAUUUCACUUGUAGGAAUGGAAAGUGCAUCCCUCUCAGCCUGGUGUGUGAUGACAAAGGCAUAGACAACUGUGGACGCUACCAGAAACUGGGCAGGCUGUUCCAGGUGGACGAAACAGAUGUUCAUGGAGCGCGUGAUGUUGACCUGAAACUUGGUCCUGAUAAUGUGGUGGAAGUGAGCGUGGUGGACGUGUGCAAUGGGGUGAAAGAGGACCAGACCUUUGAGGUACUGAAGUUGGCUGACCGACUGGACCUGGCCCUGGAGGAGCAAGAUGCCAGCCAUCAAGGGUUGGGAGCAGUGUUGGCUCAGGUCCAGGAAGGUAAGGAGCGAGUGAUUGCAUAUGCCAGCCGGAGCCUGCAUCCUACGGAACAGUGGCCGUCCACCAGCACUGCAGGAGUGGUUGUGUCGGCUGCCGUGGGGCAGGAGGAAGACCGUCCAGGACCUAGUGACAGCUGGGUGGCAGAGCAGCAGGCUGAUCCUGAUAUUCAGACCGCCAAGAGGUAUGUGGAGCAGGGAUUUCUCCCCCGCGGCCCUGAACAGAGCACCCUCACUGUCCCCAGCGUCGAGACGUGUGGAGACAGUAUCAUGAAGCUGCAGCACAUGCCGGAGUAG